AGGCUGGGCGCUGGUAUCUACACGCUCAAACCUCCAAGUGAGUGAGUGAGUGAGUGAGUGAAGGCCAGUGGAAUCGAUGACCUGACAGAAGAAAGCCAUUUUUGCAAUGAGAUAAUUUGAGUAUAUAAUCUCAUAGGAUUUCUCAUUUUUUCUUUCUUUCAUCCCAUUCCUUCUCCAAGUUAACUUCUAUUACCUUAUUCUUUCUCGCAUCAAGAACGUAACUUUUGCUACUUUUUAUCACCUCAUCUCACAAUAUGCAAGGUUUGCUUAAAACUUUGAUCCUCCUUGCAGCUUUCACUUAUAAUGUAGCUCAAGCUGAAACUUGUAAGAAGCAAAUUGACGUCAAAGAGUGUCAAAAGGCUAUUGAUCAGAUUGGAUACGAUACUAAAGGAAAUGUUGUUAAAACUGUGAACAAACAAGUACUAUCCUCUGGACACUGUAAAGUCACGAUCCAAACCAAAAAAGGUGGCCCAAUCUCAACUUCUGGAAGUGGUCUCUCAGCCGCCUUAGACAGGAUUGUCAGUCGCAAAAAUGGGGAAUGUAAAAACCAGCCCGGAGUGGAGGACAUCCAAAACCCAACCAACAUCGCAGGUUUCCAACCGGCAACGCUGUUGGUCGAAUACAUCGACGACAAGGCCGCCCCUGCAGCUUGUAAGCAUGAACUCGACCCGAAAGAGUGUCAAAAAGCCCUUGGACAAAUUGGAUACGAUACAAAAGGAAAUGUUCUCAAAACCGUGAACAAACAAGUACUAUCCUGUGGACACUGUAAGGUUACAAUCCAAACCAAAAAAGGUGGCCCAAUCGCAAAUUCUGGAAGUGGUCUUUCAGAAGCCUUGAAUAAAGUCCUCGAUCACAAGUAUGGUGAAUGCAAGAACCAGCCUGGAGUGGAAGACAUUUUAAACCCAACCAACAUUAACAACUUUCAAACCGCAACACUCUUGGUCGAGCGCAUCGAGGGUACAGCUGCGCCUUGUGCUUGAGCAUCCACAUUGUUUGUUCUCAUACGUUUUGAGAUCAUUGGCAGUGUUGUUGCUUGGUUUACCUUCACUUGAUCCUCUAAGUGGCUCUGAACCAUUUGCAAAGCCGAGAUUUGCUUACUCGACAUUGUUCCCUUCUGUUUUAUGAUUCUAUGAUGUAUUUCAAAGUUUUUUUAUCUUUUGAGUUAGCAUUGAACUUCAAAGUUCAUUUGUUUAGAAGUGGUUUCUUAUCUACAAACUGACCAUUGAUGCACUCUUUGAGUAGUGUAUAAGUUGUGGGUGUGUUUUUUAUGUUCUCUAUAUUUGUCAUCUGUGUGUUGUGUUUUCAUCAUGAUUUAAUGGACAACUCACGAUCCCUGUUGCAAUUUGCUAUCAAAGUUUCACCCUUCUCCCUUUCAGACACGUCAUGAACAUGUGAAAAAUUAUGCUUACAUCACGGAUCUUAGUUUGGCAAGUAGAAAGACUGGUGAUUGUUCUCUGCUCAUACCUCCUGCACCC